CCCUCUCUCUCCCAUCUCCCGGUGCCUCUCACAAGUCUUCUCCCCCCCUGCAGGACCCGACGGUGUUCAUGAACAACAACACCCCUCUGAUGCUCCCGGAGAAGGAGAUGGAUUACACGGAGUUCACGGGGCCCCCCCAGAAGCCUCCAAGACUCGGGGCGCAGUCCAUCCAGCCGGCCCCCACGGCCAACCUGGACCGCACGGACGACACGGUGUACAGCAACGUCAUGGACCUGGUGCGGGCUGUGCUGCAGCUGAAGAACGAGAUCAGCCUCCUGCCCCCCGAGGGGUACAUCCUGGUGGUGAAGAACGUGGGCCUGUCCCUCCGCAAGCUGAUCGGCAGCGUGGACGAGAUCCUGCCCAUCCUGCCCGCCACCUCCCGCACCGAGAUCGAGGGGACCCAGAAGCUGCUCAACAAGGACUUGGCCGACCUCAUCAACAAGAUGCGCCUGGCGCAGCAGAACGCCGUCACCUCGCUGAGCGAGGAGUGCAAGCGGCAGAUGCUGACGGCCUCCCACACCCUGGCCGUGGACGCCAAGAACCUCCUGGACGCCGUGGACCAAGCCAAGGUCCAGGCCAACCUGGUGAAGCUGUGCUUGGAGUGAGGGCAGGGGCGGAGAGAGGGAAGGAGAAGGGGUGGGGAAGGAGAGGAGGAGAGGCAGCGCCGCGCGCCGGUCGGCGGAGAAGGGACCCGAGCAUCGCGGAGGAGCUGGCUUUUGUGUGUCUCCCGUGGCCUCGCCGCCCUGCCCUCCCUGUCCCCCCUCCUCCUGCAGCUGCUCGUGUCUUUAGCAUCAUCUCGUCGGUCGUCUGAAGAAGGGAGGCACCUGGUGACUCGUCCCUCGAAAGGGCUGGGGGGGGGUCCUGGCUGUCCCCAAGGGCGGACAAAGGAUUCCUUCGGCUCGGAGGAACCCAAUCCCAGCCAGCACCGGGUCCGUGUGUCCGUCUGGCGGGGGUCCGUGUGCCCAUCCGGAGGGUCCGUGUGCCCAUCCCGUGGGUCCGUGUGUCCGUCCCUCAGCCCCUCCGAGGGGCAGCGCAUGGCGGGGGGGGUCCCGCACCCCACUCCUCGGCGCCGGGAGCCGGGGACACAGUGACCGGGGGAGCUGGCUUCCCGGGGGGAGCCCCGGCACGCUCGCUGGAGGGGCUGCCUGCAUUUCCCUGUGCGUUGUACCGGAGGUUUAUUUAACGAGGGGCGCGGAGCCACGCACUGCCUCGGGCCGGGUCUCGU